AUUUACCCAGGAUCCCACUGUCUGUCUGUGGCAGGUGUUCCUUCUAGAAACCUGAGGGAGGCAGGAUGGGCUGAGCGGUGAAGGACCUGGGAGGUCAGACCUGGGGUUGCUCUAAGGCGUCAGCAGGCAGGGUGGGGCUUGCCUGGCGCAGUGCAGGUUGGGUAAUGUGGUUGAUCGUGAGCUUCUCAGAACCUGGGCAUUUGCUUUUGGUUUUGCUUUCCAGAUACCUUGGACCCAGAGGUUUUUGUGCAGACACAGCUGCGGAGUGGAUGUGCACAGCUAAGAACAAGUGGGUCUUGUCUUAAAUCUUCCAGCGGGAGAUUCUAGGACAGAUGUAAUGGUACCUACAGCCUUCAAGGAGCCUCCGGUGCAGGAAGCAAAGUGCCUGGCAGCAGGACAAGGGGACUGUCACUGGGCUUGGAGUGGGCUGGAGUGAGGGUGAAGCAACACCUCCUUCCAGCUGGACACAGACUGGUGAGCUGAAGGGGAAACUCUCAGAUCCCACUGCUGACACCAUGACCUCAGAAGCUGACGGGAUCUGCCCAGAGGGCGAAGACUUUGUUGAUGUGGUUGAGUAUUUAAUGGACCCAAGGGACAAAGAGAAACUGCAGCGCCUGCUGAGUGAUGAAUCCUGGGAGAGAUUUGUGGCUGCGGCCGAGCUGUCCUGGGAUAAGGCAGAUGCACUCUAUGCAGACUUGAGCGAGCUGGAAGCACUCAUGGCCGAGGAGGACAAAGACAUGCCCUCAGCAGAGCAGCUGCAUGGGGAGAGCUUUAUGAAGGAGUUUCCUCAGGUGAAACAGGACCUUGAGGAACGCAUACGAAAGCUCUACGCACUUGCGGAUGAGGUUGACAAGGUGCACAAGGAUUGCACCAUCUCCAAAGUGGCGGCCUCUUCCACCGGCGCUGUGUCUAGCAUCCUGACCAUCGUUGGCCUGUCUCUGGCACCAUUCACAGCAGGGGCUAGUCUGGUGCUUGCGGCAACUGGGGCGGGACUGGGGGCAGCAGCUGCUGUGACCGGUGUGACCACUGGCAUCGUGGAGUUCUCUAAGAACAAGUCAGCAAAAGCCAAAGCCAGCCGCCUAGUGCCAACUGGCAGUGACACAGAGAAGGUGGUCGAGAAGGUUCUAAGUCGCAGCACACCCAAAAUUGCUUCCUUAGCAGUGAAGUGCUACCAAUCCGUGAAAAAUAUUGUGAAGAAUGCUUGUGCCUUCAAUCUGGUCAAAUCCAAUCCUCUCUUAGCAGCUGAGGCCACAAGCGUCGUGCGCACGGGGACAAUGUCAGCCCAAUGCAGCAAUCAGCUGCAGAAAGCUUUUGGAGGCACUGCUCUGGCCAUAAGCAAAGGAGCCAGGGUCUUUGGUAUCGCCGCUGCAGGUGUUUUCCUUCUCAUGGAUGUAGUGAACAUAGUGCAAGAGUCAGUGCACUUACAUAAGGGCGCAAAGGGUCAGUCAGCUAAAGAGUUGAGGCAGCAGGCCCAGGAACUGGAGAGGAGAUUGGAAGAACUCACCCGCAUUCACGAAAGUCUACAGGAGGACCUGACUUCAUGAUCCCCAGACAGAGCAGGGAGCAGGGGUGUGUGGGAGACAAAGGCAUGGACUGACCUUGUUAGGAAGCAUAGUAACCUCCAUCUUGGGUAAAAACGGCUGUUUAAAUCUUUAACCCUGCUAU